AUGAUUGAAGAUUUUAAGAAGUCUAUGAUGCAUGAGUUUGAAAUGACAGAUCUUGGCUUAAUGUCAUAUAUAAUUGGUAUAGAAGUUAUUCAAAAGGAAGAUGGGAUUUUCAUUUGUCAAAAAAGGCAAAUUGCUGGAAGUUUAAGAUAUUUGACAUGUUCAAAGCUUGACAUAUCUUAUGGAGUUGGUUUAAUUAGCAAAUUUCUUGAAUUUCCUCGCCAAUCUCAUAUGAAAGUUGCCAAGAGAAUUAUGCGAUACAUAAAGGGCACUUUUGAUCAUGGUUUGUCCUACUCUUCAUCUAACAAUUGUGUUCUUGUCGACUAUUCAGAUGGUGAUUGUGGUGGAGACAUAGAUGAUUGUAGAAGCACAUCUGGUUAUUGUUUCAAAUAUGGAAGUACUGCUUGUUCAUGGCCCUCUAAGAAACAAUCAAUUGUUGCUCUUUCAACUUGUGAAGCUGAGUAUGUUGUUAUAGCUUCAAGUGCAUGUCAAGUAGUUUGGUUACGCAAUUUGUUGAGUCAAAUUCAUUGUUCAAUUGAAGGACCUAUGAAGAUCUUUGUUGAUAAUACCUCUACAAUCCGUUUGGCAAAAAAUUUAGUUACACAUGGAAGAAGCAAGCACAUCAGCACUCGUUUCAUUUCUUGA